AUGACUGGCUUUUCCUCUCUUUGCAGUCAUCACCAUCCUUCCAUCCACCUCCUCCGCGGCAACAACAACAAUAAGAACAACAACAACAACGCAUCUACCAGUAAACGGCGGAAUGUCGUCGUCAUCACGAGUCAAAAAAUCGACCCGAAAUGGGGCGACGGGAGGCAAUGGGGAAAAAACAAGUUAGGAAAGAAAUUGGAACACCGAAGCCGGCUUAUUUUGGAAUACGAAGUCGCGAGAGAGUUCGUUUGGACGUUAGGGUUAUACGACGAGGACGAUUGGCGAGAUUGGGCGAAAGACCGCAGACGCGGAUGCGUGUUCAUUCCGAGAGAUCCCUGGAACGCGUACAGAAAUCGCGGAUGGAUUGAUAUGGACGAUUGGCUAGGGAGACCGUUACCGUUCGCGGAAGCGAAAGCGCUCGCGCGAGAGUUCGCGAAAGAGCGGAGGAUACGGACGCAAGCGGAGUGGUGGGCAGCGGUUGAUUCUCGGACGACGCCGAGUCGAGUUCCAGUCAGACCGGGUAUGUAUUAUAGAGACGACGGUUGGAUCGAUUACGACGAUUGGUUAGGCGUCGGUUUAGACGAUGCCAAAGAAGAAGAAGAAGAAGAAGAAGAAGAACGAUGA